UAUCGCGUUAGUGUUUGAACAUCUCAUUCGGAAGAAGAGGACGGGAAAUAUCAAUAUAAUUACACGAAACACAGAUUAUAUAUCUGCGUGAAACUCGCAGCAUCGACGCUGCUGCAGCCUGAUAGAGAAAGGACUAUACCAACUCCGGCAUAGGGAGGGGGUUACCUGAAUUCAAAUUAUAUUCACUGGGAAAAUAUAGAGCUACAAACAGCUCGAUUAUGAUGUUAAAAUUAAAAGUCAUAUUCAUUUUUUAUUAAAAGAUCCCCGGUAUCACAAUUUCCUUUGCGGUUCAUAUUAGAUGAAUUGUUAAACCGCGCUGAUCGGUUUGUAUUUUGUGAUUGGUAUAUUCCUCGUCCUGUGGGAGACAGACCCGUUCAGACACUGAGGGAGAGCAGAGAGGAGAUUUGGAGUGGCUGGUAACGGCUCUCACCUGAAGAGCAGAAAGGACACAUUCACUGAGGAGACGGUCAGAGCGAGUGACUAGAGCACUAGAGCCGUGCUGCACACCCCACUGACAAUACCUGAAGACUGCCUUAUCCUGGUGAAAGCCAAGGAACAAAGAUGGAGUUGGUACCUAUCUGCAUUAAACAGGAGAUGCCUGAACUGCAGCCUGUCCACAUGAAAGAAGAGACUGAACUGGAGCCUGUCCACAUGAAAGAAGAGACUGAACUGGAGCCUGUCCACAUGAAAGAAGAGACUGAACUGGAGUCUGUCCACAUUAAAGAAGAGACUGAACUGGGGCCUGUCCACAUUAAAGAAGAGACUGAACUGGAGCCUGUCCACAUUAAAGAAGAGACUGAACUGGAGCCUGUCCACAUUAAAGAAGAAGAGACUGAACUGGAGCCUGUCCACAUUAAAGAAGAAGAGACUGAACUGGAGCCUGUCCACAUUAAAGAGGAAGAGACUGAACUGGAGCCUGUCCACAUUAAAGAAGAGACUGAACUGGAGCCUGUGCACAUGAAAGAGGAGACUGAACUGGAGCCUGUCCACAUUAAAGAAGAAGAGACUGAACUGGAGCCUGUCCACAUUAAAGAGGAAGAGGCUGAACUGGAGCCUGUCCACAUUAAAGAAGAGACUGAACUGGAGCCUGUGCACAUGAAAGAGGAGACUGAACUGGAGCCUGUCCACAUUAAAGAAGAGGCUGAACUGGAGCCUGUCCACAUUAAAGAAGAGACUGAACUGGAGCCUGUCCACAUUAAAGAAGAGACUGAACUGGAGCCUGUCCACAUUGAAGGGGAAUCUGUUGACUUGUUUAAGGAUACAGAAAAUAUAUCCUGGCCAAAGAUAUUACAUCAGUGUAAUAAAUGUGGGCAGAGCUUCAGCAAGCCAGGAAGCCUAAAAACACACCAGCAGAGUCACACUGGAGAGAAGCCGCACCACUGUACUGAAUGUGGAAAGAGCUUCCGUGAGUUAGCAGUCCUAAAAAGACACCAGCGACUUCACACUGGAGAGAAGCCGUAUCAAUGUACUGUAUGUGGGAAGUGCUUCAAUGCGUCAGGAAGCCUAAAAAGACACCAGCGACUUCACACUGGAGAGAAGCCAUAUCAAUGUACUGAAUGUGGGAAAAGCUUCACUGAGAAAGGAAAACUAAACAAACACCAGCGAAUUCACACUGGAGAGAAGCCGUAUCAAUGUACUGAAUGUGGGAAGAGCUUUAGUGCGUCAGGAAACCUAAAAAAACACCAGCGAAUUCACACUGGAGAGAAGCCGUAUCAAUGUACUGAAUGUGGAAAGCGCUUCACUGACAAAGGAACUCGAAACAAACACCAGCUAAUUCACACUGGAGAGAAGCUGUAUCAGUGUAUUGAAUGUGGGAAGAGUUUCACUGUGUUAGGAAGCCUAAAAAGACACCAUCGAUUUCACACUAGAGAGAAGCCGUAUCAAUGUACUGAAUGUGGAAAGCGCUUCACUGAGAAAGGAACACUAAACAAACACCAGCGAAUUCACACUGGAGAGAAGCCGUAUCAAUGUACUGAAUGUGGGAAGUGCUUCAAUGCGUCAGGAAACCUAAAAACACACCAGCGACUUCACACUAGAGAGAAGCCGUAUCAAUGUACUGAAUGUGGAAAGCGCUUCAUUGACAAAGGAACACUAAACAAACACCAGCGAAUUCACACUGGAGAGAAGCCGUAUCAAUGUACUGAAUGUGGGAAGUGCUUCAAUGCGUCAGGAAACCUAAAAACACACCAGCGACUUCACACUAGAGAGAAGCCAUAUCAAUGUAUUGAAUGUGGAGAGAGCUUCACUAACAAAGGAAAACUAGAAAAACAUCAGAGAAUUCACACCGGAGAGAAGCCACACCACUGUACUGACUGUGGGAAGAGCUUCAAUGUGUCAGGAAAACUAAAAAUACACCAGCGCAUUCACACUGGAGAGAAGCCAUAUCAAUGUAUUGAAUGUGGAAAGAGCUUCACUGACAAAGAAAAAUUAAAAAAACACCAGCGAAUUCACACUGGAGAGAAGCCGUAUCACUGUGUUGAAUGUGGAGAGAGCUUCAGUGAGUCAGGAAACCUAAAUAAACACCAGCGCAGUCACACUGGAGAGAAGCCGUAUCACUGUGUUGAAUGUGGGGAGAGCUUUAGGCAGUCAGGAAACCUAAAUAAACACCAGCGCAGUCACACUGGAGAGAAGCCGUAUCAUUGUGUUGAAUGUGGGGAGAGCUUUAGGCAGUCAGGAAACCUAAAUAAACACCAGCGCAGUCACACUGGAGAGAAGCCGUAUCAUUGUGUUGAAUGUGGGGAGAGCUUUAGGCAGUCAGGAACACUAAAAACACACCAGCGCAGUCACACUGGAGAGAAGCCGUAUCAUUGUGUUGAAUGUGGGGAGAGCUUUAGGCAGUCAGGAAACCUAAAUAAACACCAGCGCAGUCACACUGGAGAGAAGCCGUAUCAUUGUGUUGAAUGUGGGGAGAGCUUUAGGCAGUCAGGAACACUAAAAGAACACCAGCGCAUUCACACUGGAGAGAAGCCGUAUCAUUGUGUUGAAUGUGGGGAGAGCUUUAGGCAGUCAGGAACACUAAAAACACACCAGCGCAGUCACACUGGAGAGAAGCCGUAUCAUUGUGUUGAAUGUGGGGAGAGCUUUAGGCAGUCAGGAACACUAAAAACACACCAGCGCAGUCACACUGGAGAGAAGCCGUAUCACUGUCUUGAAUGUGGGGAGAGCUUUAGGCAGUCAGGAACACUAAAAACACACCAGCGCAGUCACACUGGAGAGAAGCCGUAUCAUUGUGUUGAAUGUGGGGAGAGCUUUAGGCAGUCAGGAACACUAAAAACACACCAGCGAAUUCACACUGGAUCCAGCCUCCCUCCUCUCCCAGUCCCUCACCUCUCCACCCUGCUUGCUUGAGUGUGUGGAGAGCUGUCUGAUUCCUUGUCUCUCUCUCUCACCCUGCAGUAAAUGAAGGGGGUCCCCAGGAGUGAGCCAGCCUGAAUCCAGAGACACUGAGAAGGGGAGCAUGUCAAACUGAAGGAGACAGACCCAUUCUUUCAGAAUGAACUGCAUUGGAAAUUAAUCUCACUUAUCAUGCUGUGAGGAUUUAUGCCAAGCUUGUUUCUGUGAACACAUUAAACAACGUUGCCGAUAACACAUCAUAUUUUUAAAAUACCAUUACUGUACCAGUGUCGGUGAGAACAGAAGUGAAUUAUUUAUAAGAAACUAAAACUAAAAAUCUCUUCAUGGGUGUGGCAGCAGUGUGCCCUUCAUAUUACUAGAAUGGUCUGUAAGCUAUUGCACCAGUGCAAGCACAAGCUGAAACAACCUUUUUUUCUUUUUUUUAUUUCACAUGGUGCAAACUUUGCACUGGAGCAAGUGCUGUUUUGGGUUUGAAUGAACUUGACUGCUUUGAGUGUUUAAAGGGCACAUACAGACCUUUUAUUUUAUUGUGUUACAUGUUCCCAUGUGUUUACGUACGGUGUGUAUUGUUUUCAUUUUUUUAUACAUUUUGACCACUUUUUUAAACUUUUAAAUUGCAUUCACUGCCUCAAGAUGGCUUCCCAUGUACCUACAUGGACCUCUCAGAACUACAUUUCCCAUCCUCCUCCUGCUCACAUAUGUAACUGAGAUGAAUUUACCAAUGAGCAGGAGGAUGAUGGGAAAUGUAGUUCUGAGAGGUCCUUGAGGCAGUGAAUGCAAUUUAAAAGUUUAAAAAAGUGGUCAAAAUAUAAAAAUAAAACAACAAAUUAAACAAUACACACACCUUCCGUAAGCAGUUGUAGCAACACAUGGGAACAUGCGACACAAUCAAAUAAAAAGGUCCUUAUGCACCCUUUAAGUACUGAGAACCUCCAAGCUUGUUGUAUACUGGAGCCCUGCUUCAAUGCAGUGGGAUUGAAAUACAAUUCCUAUCAUUUUUAUUGUGUAAAUUGCUGUGUGUGCAAUUAUGACAGACCCACAAUAUUAGAGCUGUAUAAAUAUACUGUAAAGCAUGAAAGGUUUGCAAGUAAAAGAGUCAUAAAAGUUGCAUUUACUCAAAUCUGCAAUACAUACAUGCUACAACAUUACCAUCAUUACUACAUUCAUAGUUAUACAGUUUAUGAAUAAUUGAUAUAAACAAUCUGCAGAGUGAAGUUGCCUCAGACUGUUUGACAGAAAGAUAGCUGGUGCUUUUGUGGAAUCACCAUUAGCUGUUUAUUCCUUUUGGGCAAAAUAUGGCUUGUUUGCUUGUAUUGUGUAUCAGUAUGAUAUCAUUAGAGUGACAAUGCAGUACAUCCAAAGGCAGGCUUAGUUAUUUAUAAAGGAUUUCAUUGACAUUGAGUUUGAGUUCCUGUAUGUUUUCCAGUAUCUGUGUGUAUAAAGGGCACAUUAUUAUGUUUCCAUUACCUCUGUAUGUAAAAGGUUUCUCAUUGUUUAAACUGCCAUUGAUUCCUGAGAUACAGAUCUGCAGUGGAACUGAACAAACCCAAGAGAGACAUUGAAAGAGGGGAAGAUGCUGCUGCUUGUGGUGAAUAUUCCCUGAAGAUGAUAUUAAUACAUGAAAGUGUAUUAUAAAUGUAACUGGACAGAUUAAUGCAAUCUCUGUGUCUUGAAGAAAAAGGGCUCCUUUCCUGCAGACACACUGAACUGUGUGACCCCUGAACUAGGUGAGCAGGGCUGGGUGGCAUCUGGACUGGAUUAGGCUGAAAGGACAGUUGAAUUCUGUACAGAUAAUUCACAGCGGCAACAAGAAGCGGUUUGGUGCGAGGAAGACAUAAAGCAUCGAUGUCCUAGCGGAAAAGGACAUUAAACAUCAAAGGACUGAGUUUUAAGGUGCAAGAUGAACAAAUGACCAAUGCAGAUAGCAACCUAGCAUAGAGAAAUGCUAUAAAUAUUCAAGCAAAACUAAACAUGUUGUGCUCCACUUUGAUUGCUAAACUAAUUGCUGUCACUCUGCUAUGCCAAGCUGCAACUCCAGGACUCUGACUGAGAACACGACCCAAAAAGGGAAGGCAAGCUAGUAAACGAGCAAAUGCAGAGAGACUGAGUUUGCUGUAAGCCAGUAUAGUUCCAGUUGCGUUUUCCUCUCAUGAAACUAAAUUAAUUAAUUGUAACACUAUCACGUACAAUUGAAAUGUUAAUUGUUUAGUUUGCACACCUUGUGUGUGAAAUAACGUUUUAGUGAAACUUGAUUAAGUAACAAUAAGUAAUCUAUCUCAUAGUUGGAUGAAGAAUGUAUUUUAAAGUAAUCUUGCUAUAUCGUUAAACAAUUUACUAUUAGUAAGCUUUAGUGUGAUCUAUUGUAAGAUUGUCUGAACCAUUUCAGUUUAGGCUGUAUGUGUGUGUGUGAGUGUAAGCAGUGUCAUAUUUCACUGGCCCUGCUAGCUGCUUUAACGCAGGCUGAGAGCUUUGACUUUAUGACUGUUAUGCUUAGAAAACCAAGAGAUUGACUUAAUGACUUUUGUGAUUUCUGUUUAAUAUUUGUGCUCUGAAUACAAUACUACUAUUGAUGAAACAUUCCUUGUGUCUAGAGUGUGUAUGUGGGUUCAUAGUAAAUCCUCAAUCGUGUAAAACAUCAAUUAAAUAGGUUUUAUACGAGAACUAAUCAAUCUAGAUAAAACUCUAAACUCUCAAUUAUAGAAUUGUUCUUAGAGGCUUUGUGAAAUGAGAAAUGGGAUUACCUCUGUGUCAUGGAAUUCCUUUGCUAGUGUAUCAUGAUGUAAGCCCUGGAGUGUGGGCUCAGUCUUCAUGAAAUGAGAAAUGGAAUUCCUUUGCUAGUGUCUCAUGAUGUAAGCCCUGGAGUGUGGGCUCAGUCUUCAUGAAAUGAGAAAUGGGAUUCCUUUGCUAGUGUAUCAUGAUGUAAGCCCUGGAGUGUGGGCUCAGUCUUCAUGAAAUGAGAAAUGGAAUUCCUUUGCUAGUGUAUCAUGAUGUAAGCCCUGGAGUGUGGGCUCAGUCUUCAUGAAAUGAGAAAUGGGAUUCCCUCUGUAUCAUGGAAUUCCUUUGCUAGUGUCUCAUGAUGUAAGCCCUGGAGUGUGGGCUCAGUCUUCAUGAAAUGAGAAAUGGAAUUCCUUUGCUAGUGUAUCAUGAUGUAAGCCCUGGAGUGUGGGCUCAGUCCUCAUGAAAUGAGAAAUGGAAUUCCUUUGCUAGUGUCUCGUGAUGUAAGCCCUGGAGUGUGGGCUCAGUCUUCAUGAAAUGAGAAAUGGAAUUCCUUUGCUAGUGUAUCAUGAUGUAAGCCCUGGAGUGUGGGCUCAGUCUUCAUGAAAUGAGAAAUGGAAUUCCUUUGCUAGUGUAUCAUGAUGUAAGCCCUGGAGUGUGGGCUCAGUCUUCAUGAAAUGAGAAAUGGGAUUCCCUCUGUAUCAUGGAAUUCCUUUGCUAGUGUAUCAUGAUGUAAGCCCUGGAGUGUGGGCUCAGUCCUCAUGAAAUGAGAAAUGGAAUUCCUUUGCUAGUGUCUCAUGAUGUAAGCCCUGGAGUGUGGGCUCAGUCUUCAUGAAAUGAGAAAUGGAAUUCCUUUGCUAGUGUCUCAUGAUGUAAGCCCUGGAGUGUGGGCUCAGUCUUCAUGAAAUGAGAAAUGGAAUUCCUUUGCUAGUGUAUCAUGAUGUAAGCCCUGGAGUGUGGGCUCAGUCUUCAUGAAAUGAGAAAUGGAAUUCCUUUGCUAGUGUCUCAUGAUGUAAGCCCUGUAGUGUGGGCUCAGUCUUCAUGAAAUGAGAAAUGGAAUUCCUUUGCUAGUGUAUCAUGAUGUAAGCCCUGGAGUGUGGGCUCAGUCUUCAUGAAAUGAGAAAUGGAAUUCCUUUGCUAGUGUAUCAUGAUGUAAGCCCUGGAGUGUGGGCUCAGUCUUCAUGAAAUGAGAAAUGGAAUUCCUUUGCUAGUGUCUCAUGAUGUAAGCCCUGUAGUGUGGGCUCAGUCUUCAUGAAAUGAGAAAUGGAAUUCCUUUGCUAGUGUAUCAUGAUGUAAGCCCUGGAGUGUGGGCUCAGUCUUCAUGAAAUGAGAAAUGGAAUUCCUUUGCUAGUGUCUCAUGAUGUAAGCCCUGUAGUGUGGGCUCAGUCUUCAUGAAAUGAGAAAUGGAAUUCCUUUGCUAGUGUAUCAUGAUGUAAGCCCUGGAGUGUGGGCUCAGUCUUCAUGAAAUGAGAAAUGGGAUUCCCUCUGUAUCAUGGAAUUCCUUUGCUAGUGUAUCAUGAUGUAAGCCCUGGAGUGUGGGCUCAGUCCUCAUGAAAUGAGAAAUGGAAUUCCUUUGCUAGUGUCUCAUGAUGUAAGCCCUGGAGUGUGGGCUCAGUCUUCAUGAAAUGAGAAAUGGAAUUCCUUUGCUAGUGUCUCAUGAUGUAAGCCCUGGAGUGUGGGCUCAGUCUUCAUGAAAUGAGAAAUGGAAUUCCUUUGCUAGUGUAUCAUGAUGUAAGCCCUGGAGUGUGGGCUCAGUCUUCAUGAAAUGAGAAAUGGAAUUCCUUUGCUAGUGUCUCAUGAUGUAAGCCCUGUAGUGUGGGCUCAGUCUUCAUGAAAUGAGAAAUGGAAUUCCUUUGCUAGUGUAUCAUGAUGUAAGCCCUGGAGUGUGGGCUCAGUCUUCAUGAAAUGAGAAAUGGAAUUCCUUUGCUAGUGUAUCAUGAUGUAAGCCCUGGAGUGUGGGCUCAGUCUUCAUGAAAUGAGAAAUGGAAUUCCUUUGCUAGUGUCUCAUGAUGUAAGCCCUGUAGUGUGGGCUCAGUCUUCAUGAAAUGAGAAAUGGAAUUCCUUUGCUAGUGUAUCAUGAUGUAAGCCCUGGAGUGUGGGCUCAGUCUUCAUGAAAUGAGAAAUGGGAUUCCCUCUGUAUCAUGGAAUUCCUUUGCUAGUGUAUCAUGAUGUAAGCCCUGGAGUGUGGGCUCAGUCCUCAUGAAAUGAGAAAUGGAAUUCCUUUGCUAGUGUCUCAUGAUGUAAGCCCUGGAGUGUGGGCUCAGUCUUCAUGAAAUGAGAAAUGGAAUUCCUUUGCUAGUGUCUCAUGAUGUAAGCCCUGGAGUGUGGGCUCAGUCUUCAUGAAAUGAGAAAUGGAAUUCCUUUGCUAGUGUAUCAUGAUGUAAGCCCUGGAGUGUGGGCUCAGUCUUCAUGAAAUGAGAAAUGGAAUUCCUUUGCUAGUGUCUCAUGAUGUAAGCCCUGUAGUGUGGGCUCAGUCUUCAUGAAAUGAGAAAUGGAAUUCCUUUGCUAGUGUAUCAUGAUGUAAGCCCUGGAGUGUGGGCUCAGUCUUCAUGAAAUGAGAAAUGGGAUUCCCUCUGUAUCAUGGAAUUCCUUUGCUAGUGUCUCAUGAUGUAAGCCCUGGAGUGUGGGCUCAGUCUUCAUGAAAUGAGAAAUGGAAUUCCUUUGCUAGUGUAUCAUGAUGUAAGCCCUGGAGUGUGGGCUCAGUCUUCAUGAAAUGAGAAAUGGAAUUCCUUUGCUAGUGUAUCAUGAUGUAAGCCCUGGAGUGUGGGCUCAGUCUUCAUGAAAUGAGAAAUGGAAUUCCUUUGCUAGUGUAUCAUGAUGUAAGCCCUGGAGUGUGUGCUCAGUCUUCAUGAAAUGAGAAAUGGAAUUCCUUUGCUAGUGUAUCAUGAUGUAAGCCCUGGAGUGUGGGCUCAGUCUUCAUGAAAUGAGAAAUGGAAUUCCUUUGCUAGUGUCUCAUGAUGUAAGCCCUGGAGUGUGGGCUCAGUCUUCAUGAAAUGAGAAAUGGAAUUCCUUUGCUAGUGUAUCAUGAUGUAAGCCCUGGAGUGUGGGCUCAGUCUUCUCUGCUGCCUGCUUGUUCUCAGUGUGUGAGUUCAGCUGCAUUUCCAGUGUCCUGAGCUGGGCUUUGAACACACUGGGGACGCAGCUGAGAACAAGCCUGGCCCACGACUCAGGGGUUUUGUUUUAGAUCAGAUAACAAGAUGAUAAACCUUAUACGCAUAACACUGUUUUAUUGUUUUUACAUUUUUUUUCUAUGAAUUUAUUAGGACUCAGAAUCUCUUUGCAUUCAUUGUGUUGCAAUUUAGACAUUUUCACUUUACGUAUUAAAAAGCACAGAUAAGUCUAUUAGAAAUAGACUACAACUCUGGCUAAAGGUUUUGCCUCACUCUGUGGAAUGAACUAAUUUUGCUUCAUAAAUUCGAAUGAAAUCUGCUGAAUAAUGUUACAUGAACACAUUGAAUUACACACUGCUUUGUAGUUUUCCAUAUACUGAAUGAAAAAGUGACAUUUUGAAAUCUAUGAUGAAGUACUGUACUACUAUUAUGGCAUCCAGUAGACACUUGUGAUAUCCUUGUGUAGUUUCUUUGAUUUCACAAUGUUAAAUAAAAGUUCUGAAUUAUGUUCAUAUAGUUGUUUUUUUUUGUUUUGUUUUUAACUAUACCAACAAAUUCUAGGUGAUGCUAAACUUUUGUCUGAGCUGUACAUAUAUAUCAGCACUGCCAUUACAGUAGAAUGUUUAAAGCUUUAUAUAUUGUGUAUCAAUUGCAUCCUGUAAGACAGUGUGAAGUGUAGAUCAUGCUAUUAAAAGAGAACACCUUUACACAUUUCACUAUUCAGAAGCCACUAAUAAACUUUGCAUUGAUUUUACACUGAA